AUGGUAACCAGCGUCCAAAUUUUGAAUGUGAGUGGAAGCCCGGUGUCUGAGCCGCUGACAGCUGUGUGUCGUUUGCGCGUGUUUGUGUGUGUGUUGUGUCGUGUGGUGUUGUGUGUGUUGGUGCAGGAGCAGUCCGCCGUCAUGUCGCAGCGCUUCACCGAUGAGGACUUCCAGAGAGCUUGGCUGGAGCUGGACGAGCCGCAGCUGGCGGGAGGAUGGGAGCUCUUCACCGAGACCAUGGGAGUGAAGAUCCACCGCCUCCACGACCAGGUAACGGGACUUUAUGAGUACAAAGUCUUCGGCGUACUCAGCGGCUGCACCCCAGAGCUGUGUGCCGACGUCUACAUGGACUUGUCCUACCGGAAACAUUGGGAUGGAUAUGUGAAAGAACUCUAUGAGAAAGACUUUGAUGGACAGCCAGCCAUCUACUGGGAAGUCAAAUACCCGGCUCUUAUGUCAAACAGAGACUAUGUGUACAUUAGAGACAGGAGAGACUUGGAAGUGGACGGCAGGAAGAUCUGGGUGAUCCUGGCCAGAAGCUCUCCGGAGAUGCCGUGUCCAGAAAAGAGUGGCGUGCUGCGGGUCAAAGACUACAAGCAGAGCCUUGCACUGGAGAGCGAUGGGGGCAGCGGAACUAAAGUUUUCAUGAAUUACUUCGACAACCCUGGCGGAAUGAUUCCUAACUGGGUGGUGAACUGGGCAGCUAAGAGCGGGGUGCCAGGUUUCUUAACAGACAUGCAGAAGGCCUGUAGCAAGUACGAAACCUUCUGCCAGAAGAAAUGAACACGAUGGAGAGGGACCCGGGCUCAAGGGCGUUGCUCCAUUUUUAUCUUUUAUUUUUUUAUCUUGUUUGUUGAAAUGUGACUGUUGUGUGCGGGGUGAAAGUGGCAUGGUGUGAGCUGCUACCUGACGUUGCAGCUUGCUGUUGACUCAAGUAUGAUGUGCAUGACCAGCCUCCCUCCUUAAUGUGCUGGUGUGAAUCAAUUCUGUUCCAUUGUGCUGUAAUAUACAAUACUGUAUUCCCCCUCUUUGAAAUCGUAUGAUUAUUAUUAAUAUACACAUAUAUGAUCAGUUUUUAUUACUUAAGGCCCUAAACGGUAAAACCAGCUCCUUUCUAACAGCCUUUUGCAGGCGGGAAAGUUUUAUGUUCUGUAUAAAAGGUACAAACAUUGAAGAGAACGAUAGUGUUGCAUCAAAGAUUAAUGAUCUGGUUGCUGUUAAGUGGAAGACUAACUUUUAUGAGUUGUUUAUCCGCCUUUAUUUAAACUGUUAAAAAAUACUUGAUUGGUCACAGUCUAGAUCACAAGGUAAAAUAAUUAUUGCAAAGAAUUUUUUUUCUUUAAUACCUCAGCCAAGGACGUUAUGUUUUCAUCCAAAGCAGCUGUAGACAUAAAUGAAUUGGGUAAUACAAUCUAUGGAUCCGACUCAGGAGCACUGAGUCCUUACGACACCUGAGUACUCAUGGGUCGGGCAUGUUUACAGACAUCUCUUCUGAUGGUCUCCAAGUAGUUAAAGUUUCCGAUAAUGUCUCUUCUUCGUACUGUACAUGUUAAAAGUUUACAGAUCUGAUUUAUAAUGAUGUUUUCGGUCUUCUCACUGUCCACUUUAAUUCACUGGAAAUUCACUCAUGUACUACAAUGAAGUGAAAAUUCAAACAACAAAUCAAGCACUUUUUUAGCAAUUUUUUCGGCUUCUUGAUUGUCCUUUCUCGAGGGUUCAUUACUUAUGCAAAGAUCCUGGUAUGGAUGCAUUGAAUCAGAGAUACAGCAUCUGAUUUGUUACUGUAUUUAGGCUGCACCUCAGUACCUCAGCACUCCUGUUGAUCCAGAUGAAUUGGGUUUAAUCUGAUUAUGAAAUGCUUAUUACUGUGUAAUACUGCUGUGUUACUGGAAUAAAUAAAUCUAAAUUAAAAAAUGUC